CUUUUGGAUCCUAGAAUGCUGAUGCUGCAGAUGAACAGGCGAGACCCCCGCAUGCCACCUGUGAAGUGCAGUGAGAGUCAGCAUGCAUCUGAAAAAGAUGAGCCUCCACUUAGCAAGGCCGGAGACGAUGUGGUUCUGCGUCUGCCCACAGACGGGCUGGUUUUGGACGGCCGUGAGAGCACAGACGACCACGCCAUCGUCCAGUACGAGUGGACACUGCUGCAGGGUGACCCGUCAGUGGACAUGAAGGUGCCUCAGCCAGGGACGCUGAAGCUGUCCCACCUGCAGGAAGGACGGUACACCUUUCAGCUCACCGUGACGGACACUGCGGGGCAGAGGAGCGCCGACAACGUCUCGGUGACCGUGCUGCCCCCGGCCUUCCCCACUCGAGGAUGCUCAAAGGUUUGCUCACGCCACCACUUCUUUUGUGACGACGGCUGUUGCAUUGACAUCACACUGGCUUGUGAUGGAGUCGAGCAGUGUCCUGACGGAUCUGAUGAAGUUUUCUGUCAAAAUUUGAGCCUUGACCGGAAGACGGAGACUCACACGGUGACUGCCCAGCCUAGAACCAUAGCGGCGAGCGAAGAUGCAGCAGGGCGCUUCUUGGAGAAGUCUCAGGAAGCCGCUGCCCCCCACCCGCCACCGGCGCUACCAGACACGGAGAGGAACCACUCCACCUCCUGGGGACCAAAGAUUCAAACUGACCCCGUGAUGCCAGAUAGUGAUUCCUCGGGGAAGAACGAAAAAGAAGAAAAUUAUAUUUUUGAGUCAAAGAGCAAUCGAGGAGGAGGGGAACACCCAGCCCCAGAAAUAGGCGCAGUGCUGCCACUGACACUGGGCUUGGCCAUCACUGCGUUGCUGCUUCUCAUGGUUGCUUGCCGACUACGCCUGCUCAAACAGAAACUGAAGAAAGCUCGUCCCAUUACAUCUGAGGAAUCUGACUACCUCAUCAAUGGGAUGUAUCUCUAAUAAAUAUAACUUAAGUAGCUGGGGCAAGGACGUUUCACUUGUAAUUUAUGCGUAUACUGGGUUUUGGAUAUUUAGAAUCUUUUUUUUAACUGGGCUAAGAAAAGUAUGGAAAACCCAGAAGAUUCUACAAGCCCCAAACCUUUGUUCUUAUUUAUUGUAGAAAUAUUUCCCUUUGGAAUUAUGUGAAAUAUUUUGAAAUUUAGAGGAGUCCAUGCAGCUAAAGACUUACAAUCUAAUUCUGAUUUAUGUAUGCUGUCCCUGAAAAUAGAAAUUUGUAGUUAGCCAAGACAGAAAAUUUAGUAUCUCAAGAGGUGGCCUUAGAACGGCAGUGUUAACAACUCCGUACUUUUUAGAAGCCAUGGGCCCCUGGCCACCCUGUGCCACAUGGUGCACGACUUCCCCUUGUUCUGUGGCCCUCCUAUUGCUCACUUUACCCUUUCAUAGCUCUCCCUUCUCCUCUCUCCUGCAAAACCUGUUUCUGAGAAUGGACCUCAAGUGAGAUGUUUCCAGCACCUCUGACAUCAUGUCAUGUAAGUAGCUGCCUCAUUAGGCUGACCUUUGGGAGGAAAAACUCAGACUGAAUUACAAAUAGCUCUAACAUGGGCAUGAAAUGAUACAGGAAAUCGAAGUGGAAGGAGAGAACCUGGCAGGUCAAAAAUUGUAACCGGCUUCGCUGAGUGCAAAGUGAGCUAGGAGGACUACUAGUACUUUCUUGCGCCUACUCCACACUGCUCAAUGGUCCAGAACACAGCAGCUCAUUUUUAUAAAAGUCACCAGUUCUCACAUUAGUCUGUAUUGAUGGGAGAGAAAAGUGCAUUUAAAUUGAAAAGCAGAAUGAUGAGUGGAUUUCUGGGUGCCCCUUUGGUAAAAAUGUCACAUUUACAUAUUAGCUGGUUGUUUCAUCCACUGGAAUGAGUUUUCCCCAUUAUUUAUUUAAUGUUAUAAUGUGCAGUCAGCUAACGCCAGACUAUGUAUUCUCAGAGCAUAAAGCAGUUUUGCACAAAUUCAUCUUUAUAGAAAACUGGCAUCUAGUUUAGCAUCUCUUCUUUUAGGUUGUUUUUUUUUUUUUUUUUGGUAGGAUUUUAAAGGCAAAUUAUUCCCAUCAUCACCUAAUGCCAGAAUUAUACAUUUUCUAGAAAUUAUUCUUCUGAGUGGACUACAGAGUGUGAUGCCUGUCUAUACUCACAUGAUGUUCCUAUUUACAUAAUGUGUUUGUGUUGUUGUUGUUUUUUUACCGUAAGUGGCCAAUCUUUUCAAAUUCUAGGACACAUUUUCAGAAUGAACCUGAGAUAGGUUGUUCCUUUAGCAAAGAGCUUAAUUUGGAUUGGAGAUAUAACCGAAAACAUUAACAAAUGGUAAGUUAGUUCUAGAAAAAUGGAAAUAAUGGUUCCUUUAGUCCCUGAAAAUGUCAAGCAUUUUAUUGAGUUUAGAACUGAGCAAAGAUUUAAAUUUUUCCUCAAGGACAGUUCAGAGAAAUGACUGAAUGAACUUAAGUUGUCUGUACUCUCUACGUGAUGCUGUGCCCUUUGUUUUCCAAGGAAGGAUGUCACUUACAGCCAUACCCAAUAAAAUAAAAACUGUCAA